AUGAAACGCCCAGCAAGGCUUCGACCAAGUGUUGCAGGACACUCUUCGACGUCGUCGUCUAGCUCCAUGCUCUCGCGGGUCCCACUGCUGCAUGUACAUGUACAUGACCUCAGUCUGCCAGCUUGGGAUGUAGGGGAUCAGAUUCCCGGCUUGCGGAUUCCGCUUGCCUUCCUAUCAUCCCUACGAACAAAUCUCCAGAUAUCCUCUUUGAACGAAGACCUACUUCCACCCUCACCUCUCAUCCCCGUUACAUAUACACCGGACCCUCUAAACCCCUUCACUCACCCCUUAGCAGAAACGAAAAGGACCUCCCUCUCCCGCUCAGCUCUCAAUGGAACACCAUAUCUACCACGAAACACGCCAUUACACCAUGAGAACUCGAGCACAUUCAAGAAAACAACCCCCUCCAACCCUUCAACAACAACUACUGCAACAAUAUUACUACAAAACCUAACAACCUCCACCGCCACAACCGCCGACGAAAUCCACACAGCCCUCCACCUAAUCGCCGACACCGUCUCCCAACAACGCCACCUAGCCGCAAAAUGCAUCCUCUCCCACCCCUCCAUCCUCGCCACCUCGCUCAUGCUCUUCCUCACCAUCGCCAAACUGCUCUACACGGGCUCCCCGCCCAGCGACCUCAUCCUCAUGCUCACCCUCUGGUCCCUCUGCAGCCUGCUCACCCUCCUCGCAAUCCAGUACAUGGUCCGCGGCUACAGUGCGCUCGCCGAGGACGUGGGCACCCGGGCCUGGCUCGCCGCCAGCUCGGUGAAUGGCGUCUCGCAGCGGCGCGAUGAGGUGCUCGUGGCGAGGUGUGCGGGAGAGAUUGUGGGCGUUCUUGUGCUGAGGAUCGCGAAGACGAAGAGUGUUCCUGCUCCUAUUUCUUCUACCUCUACUACUACCAGUACUACUACUGGCGCUGGUGCUGGUGGUAGUGUUUGUGGUGUUGAUGCUACUACUACCAACAACGCUAGCAUGGGGGCAGCGGGCUUUCUCCUACCCAGACCGCGGUCAUCGAGGCGGAAGAGCUCAGCGAGGUGGACGGGGAUUAUCCGGGCGUGGAGCGUGAAGGAGUCGCAUCGGCAGUGCGGGGUUGGGACGCGGUUGCUUGAGGAGGCGGUGGGGCUCUGUCGGCUGAGGAACCUUGAUGGGCCUGUCUUUGCGGACGAUCAUGCGAAUGCGACGCAGGUGUUGCCUGGGAUGUUUCAUGGGAAGUUCCUGGAGCAUGAUCGGUGGGCGAGGCGGUUUUUGGAAAGGAUUAUUUUGGAGGAGAGGGGGUGGUAG